GGUGUGUUGACAGUAGGGGUGAGGAUUUGUAUCAUGUGACGAAAUAGGAGGCCUUGGGUAGAAUCAUUGGUUGCACUUGUUGGCUUCAGCCAGCGGUGAAUAUGAUUGGUAAUGGUGUGUCAGAGAAUGAUGAGGCCGGGGCCACACAAUGCGUGACCCUGGACCUGGUGACGCCGGGUGUGGCGCCCAAGACGCCCGUCUCGCUGCUGCAGGAGAUGGCUGCAAAGCAAGGCUCCACGCCCAAAUAUGACCUGCUCCAGGUGGAGGGCGCCGUGCACGAGCCGACCUUCCUGUACCGAGCCACCGUCGGCGAGGUGGUGGCCAGCGGUCUCGGCCAGAGCAAGAAGAAGGCCAAGCACAUGGCGGCGCGCGCCGUGCUGGACCAGCUGCUGGGUCAGCGGGCGUCGGCGCCGGUGGUGCCGCCGUUGGCGCUGCCUGCGCCGGCGCCGGCAACAGCAGCAGCGACAGCUUCGCCGGCGCCACCGGCACUGCCGCCGCCUGCCCCCCAGCUGGUGCUGCCCUAUGACGACGGUAUUCCAGGCAACCCGGUGGGCCAGCUGCAGGAGCUGUGUAUGUCGCGCCGCUGGCCGCCGCCCACCUACGAGCUGGUGCGCGAGGAGGGCCUGCCGCAUGAGCGCACCUUCACCAUCGCCUGCUGCAUCGGCACCAACAACAAGGAGAUCGGUGUGGGCAAGUCCAAGAAGAUCGCCAAGCGGCAGGCCUCCAGCCUCAUGCUGACCAAGCGGGACAACUCGCCGGAGGACGGCGUCAGCAUCAUGGACAACGACGACGACCAGAUCGCGCAGAAGAUGACGGCGCAUUACUCGGGCCUGCGGGACAGCUGGGCACCGAAGGCGGCGUCACAGAGCGGUCUGCGGGUCAGCCAGUUCCACUGCAGCCUCAAGGCCUCCUGCGGCCAGCUCAUCACAGAGCUGCAGGUCAGUCCGGCCAGCUCGUCACAGAGCUGCAGGUCAGUCCGCGUCACAGAGCUGCAGGUCAGCCCGGCUAUCUCGUCACAGAGCUGCAGCCACUGGUUCAGACUGGCUAUCGGCAGCCACUGA